AAUACCCCAUCCCCCGGCAGACACUGUUUGGAAGUUAUAAUAAUACAUUUCUUGAAAAUACCAUUAUACUCUCUUUUCCCACACAAAGCCAUGGAAGGAGUGCUACAGCAGGGGCCUUGCCCAGACCCUAGCUCCAGUGGCCCCCAGGUAAAUUGAGUUUGAGACCCCUGUCAGAGACGCUGAGAAAAGAAGAUAAAAAGCACCCAAACGCACCUUUACACCUUCGGAUGGCUCACAGGAGGCUGACCUGUGACUCUUGCAGCAAUGACAAGCUCUCCACAUCCGUCAGAAGCAACAUUAAGGACAAGAUUUCUCUUUGGGAGGCAAAGGAACCCUCAAAGAGGAUGGAUAAGCAGAGUGAGGACCAUAUGGAAAAUGGCGGCAAAGUGGUUAAAAAUAACAUAAGCAAAUGUGGAGACAGACAGCAAUUAGAAAUUAAGACUGCAGUCAGUGAAGAACUGAAGGAAAAUGUGGGGAAGCUCAAAGAUUCAAGACCUUGUCCGCAAAAUGACAACGACGGAAAGAAAGCGGUCUUCACUCUUUUUAAAAAGCUGGACGCCAUGGAUCAUGGUAAAACUCCUCCAGAACUUGGAAACUAUUUCAGCCCAGCGAGCAAAGACAAGCAAGCAAGGGGAAAAGACCUAAUGGAAUCUUUGGGAAAGGCUCCUGUUAACCCAGUCCCGAAACCGGAGCGCACCUUCCAGCAUCCGGUCACUAGAAAGCAGAGGAACCUACCUCCACUGCCAAAAACAUCCUCAAGACAUCCACCUGUUCUUAACAACAAGAAACCACUUGAAUGUGAGGACAUUCCAGGUUUGAAUAGUUCCUUGCGGACUCCGGAGCAUCACUAUGAAGACAUCCUGGAUGCAUUCAAAGAGAACCCAUACGAAGACAUUGAGUUGGAGAGUCUGUGCUCCCAGCAGUCUUUGCCGUCGUCGCCUGGUGCAGACACAAGCAAGGUUUCAAGACCUGGCUUUUUUAGGAAGAAUUCAGAUCGGAGUUUCAAGUUGCUGGACCUGUGUCGAGCUAGCCAGCAAAGCCAUGGUAGUGGUGGGGUUUCAUCUCCGAUCCAGCUCAGCCCCCCGUCCACUCCUACUGAACCUGGACCCUGGCUGACCGGGGAGUCGUCCAGUCGUACGUGUCGAAGGAUACCUACGGUGAUCCUGAGGAUAAACAACAUCUUUGAGGCUCGGAUUGGGAAGAAACAUCUCAGGAGGAUUUAUCAGUAUGCUGAGACCAGCUCAGGGAGAGUAACCGAUGAAAACAGCGACUCUGAGAGUGAAUUUGAAGAGCGAGCCAAAGCCCAUCGCCAACGUCUGGUCUCAGUCCAGUCCAUACUGAGCCGGCCGGGCUGCACUGAGGUGGAGUGCAACAGUACCAAAACCAGGAGCGGCUUGCUUUGGCAUCGCCAGCUCUUCGAGUUCUUCCUGGUUGUGUCACUCCAGAGGUCAAAAGCAGGCGGACAUUAUGUGCCGGAGGUCACGCAGCAAUUCCCUCCAAAGCUGGAGCGAAAUUUCAAAUUCAUGAAGGAGACGGAAGAUCAGCUAAGGAUUAUUCCCAGAUUUUGCUUCCCAGAUGCUAAAGACUGGGAGCCGGUGGAGAGCUAUCCAAGUGAAACGUUCUCCUUUGUAUUGACUGGGGAGGAUGGGAGCAGGCGCUUUGGAUACUGCAGACGAUUACUGCCUAGUGGAAAAGGAAAACGUCUUCCAGAGGUCUACUGCAUUGUUAGUUGUCUUGGCUGUUUUAACCUGUUCUCUAAGGUACUGGAUGAAGUGGAGAGGCGCAGGGCUCUGUCACCCGCUUUGGUGCAGCCCUUCAUGCGAGCAAUCAUGGAGGCCCAGUUUCCAGCUCCGGGAAGAACCAUCACCAUCAAAACAUUUCUCCCUGGCUGUGGCACUGAGGUGAUGGAGCUAUGCCGGCCAUCCGACUCCCACUUGGAACACGUGGACUUUGAGUGUCUUUUCUCCUGCCUGAGUCUGAGGCUGCUUCUCGGGGUGUUUGGUUCGCUGCUACUGGAGCGCAGGGUCAUCUUUACUGCUGACAAACUAAGUACCCUGUCCCAGUGCUGCCAUGCCGUGGUGGCGCUCCUCUACCCUUUCGUAUGGCAGCACACCUACAUCGCUGUACUACCUUCCACCAUGCUCGACAUAGUGUGCACGCCAACCCCUUUCAUCGUGGGCCUGCUGUCCGGCUCCUUGCCGCAGCUCACUGAGCUACCCCUGGAGGAGGUUCUUGUUGUUGAUCUGGAGAAAAAUCGUUUUUUAAGACAGCUGGAAGAUGAAGACUCCAUCCUGCCUUCUAAACUCCAAGCCGCCCUGGAGAAUGUUCUAGAGAGGAGACAAGAGCUUGCUAACGGUAAAGCCAAUGAUCUUAUCUCCUGUGUAGAUCACCUCAGCACUGUUGUGUCCGAGGCCUUCGUGCGCUUCUUCGUGGAGCUGGUAGGCCACUAUCCUCUCUUCUUCUUUGAGGAUAUCUCCUCUGCCUCCCCAUUCCGAAGGUCCCCCGUCCCUUUCUCCUUCCAGCGGGAGGCCUUCCGGAAGGCUGUGCCCUCAAAGACGGUGAGGCGUUUCCUGGAGAUCUUCAUGGAGACGCAGAUGUUUGGAUACUUCAUACAGGAGAGGGAGGUCCAGGGACCCAACCUCCGAGGGCUUUUUGAAGUGAGGGUGCACGAGUAUCUAGACACCAUCCAUGAGAGUGAACACAGGAGGAUUAACAGGUUUCUCAAAGGCCUAGGGAACAGAAUGAAAUUCUUGUCCAAAAAAUAAGGAACAGAAUAGAAACUGUUUUUAUGGACGCAUGCUGGGAUUUUUUUGGCACUGAAAAAUGAUAUCAAAACAUGGUG